AUGUUUUUUCACAUUCGAAACCUUUUUGGAUGGAACAAAACGAAACAUUUUUUUUAUUUGCAAAAACUUUCACGUUUCUGGGACAAAGUUACUGAGGGAAGAUGUGGUAAGACAAAGGAAAGGCCAGAAAUUCUUGAACUGUUCACCCGAGAUAUGCACUUUCUAGAAAGAGAUAUGGAGGACAUUUCCUUUGAUGGAAUAAAUUCAACUCGUCAAAUGUCAAUGAACGUCAGAAUUAGAAAAUGA